AUGCGACUGACCAUCAUCAUUUUCUCCUUCGUCGUGUUCCUAGUGAAGGGACACAUAGCAAAGGUUGAUGACCAGAAAAGCUUUUCGAAGCUGUUCGACGAGAACUUGGUGAACAAUUACGAGAAAUUGUUUAAAGUCAUAAAAUGUCAAUAUUGUUUGACACAAAAGAAAGGAGCACAAAAGGAAAAAUGCAAGCAUAUAAUGAAAGAGUGCAAACAUUUGCUGAAGGAUGGAAAGUACUUAACUAUGUUGAAAGAUUUAAUGAGUGACUUGAAGGUAGGCAACAACGAACAUGUGUAUGGACCGAACACAGAAGAGUUGAAGAAAAUUAUAAACUUCUUGGAGUUACACAAGCAAGAAAUAAAGAAGAUAAAAAACAUGAUUGACACUAUUAAGAAUAAUAAAGCCAUUUUAUUAGUCAAUGGAGGGAACAACCCAAUGGUUCAUAAGUUGAGCAAAAGAAUGAAGUCACUAAAGAACAACGUUGAGUAUAUACAGAAGAGCCAAGACGCCAUAACGAAACAGCUAAAUCAGAAUGACGCUGAGGUGAGUAAUAUACUGCCCGGUAUAUUUCACUUAAAAGGAACAACAAAUAAGAAUGCCAACGAACCUAUCCAAUUAGGAAACGUAACAGAAAAUGAUGAAGGACAUAACUAUGAAUUAGGAAGCUUAGGUGUAGAUGAAAUGGUAAAGAACAGCAUGAAGGGGUUAUUUAAAGAUGGUGAGGGGCUUAUGGAAGUUGUGAAGAAUACCCUGAUGCAGGAAGGAGGAGGAAUAGGUGGAGAACUAGUUAGCCUCAUAGAAAAGGGAAAAGAAAUUGGAGAAAAAAUUGUUGACAUUGAAGGAAUGAUAACGAAGAAAGAUGGCACUGCCAACGCUGAUGGAACGACCAUCGAAAAGUUGGAUCACUUCAAAACGGAGUUGUCUUCAUAUGAAUUUCUUAUAACCAGUCUUAAAGGAAUCGUCUUGAGUAAACUUAAGGACAUCUUGCUACGACUCUUAUACAAGGCCUACAUAAUCUACAGGACUAAGAAGGCAAAAGAGUUGGGAGAAGAUCCCCCAACUGAAGUGCCCGAGGACGAAUACCUCAGUGAACUCAAAAAAGGAGGUCUAGAAUUAGGAAUAAAAUUACUCUUCAACAAAUUACGCUAUUUACUAAUCGUCAUAAAAAAGAAGUUGUUCCCAAAAAUGUUUGGACAUAAAGAAGACAAGGUAAAGAAGGAGGUGAAGGCAACUCCCAAAAAGGUCACCCCUGGAGGUCCUCAGCUCAGUUCCAAUAUGUUGAGGGGUUCGGUAUCCGAGGAAGACGUCAGUCUCAUGACUAGCAUAGACAACAUGAUUGAAGAAAUUGAUUUUUACGAGAAGGAAAUAUAUAAUAAUCCACACACCGGGGGAGGAAUUCAAGGGAUGGAUGACGACACGGAAGAUGACGAAACGGAUGAGGAGGAAGUAACCGAGGAGAUAGUUGGAGAGGUAGUGGAUCAGAUUACACAAGAGGUGGCCGACCAGAUAACUCAUGGCGCGCUGGAAAAUAUCGCACAGGACAUGGUCAACAUAGAAGCAGUCGUGCAGCAUAUGUCCGUGGACAUCGCCAAGAUAAAGGCAAUCGUGCAGGAGGUGACACAAGCAGUUGAGCAGGUUAAGCAGAUCAUAGACCAACAAAAAGUAAGCGAAACGGAAGAAAGUACUACUGACGCAGACCAGAAGGAAGUAAGCGAAACGGAACAAAAUACAGCUCACGUGGACCAACAAGAAGUAAGCGAAACGGAACAAAAUACAGCUCACGUAGACCAACAAGAAGUAAGCGAAACGGAACAAAAUAUAGCUCACGUAGACCAACAAGAAGUAAGUGAAACGGAACAAAAUACAGCUCACGUAGACCAACAAGAAGUAAGCGAAACGGAGCAAAAUACUACUGACGCAGACACGAAGGAAGUAAGCGAAACGGAACCAAAUACAGCUCACGGGGACCAACAAGAAGUAAGCGAAACGGAGCAAAAUACUACUGACGCAGACACGAAGGAAGUAAGCGAAACGGAACCAAAUACAGCUCACGGGGACCAACAAGAAGUAAGCGAAACGGAGCAAAAUACUACUGACGCAGACACGAAGGAAGUAAGCGAAACGGAACCAAAUACAGCUCACGUGGACCAACAAGAAGUAAGCGAAACGGAACAAAAUACAGCUCACGUAGACCAACAAGAAGUAAGCGAAACGGAACAAAAUACAGCUCACGUAGACCAACAAGAAGUAAGCGAAACGGAACAAAAUACAGCUCACGUAGACCAACAAGAAGUAAGCGAAACGGAACCCAAUACAGCCGAUCUAAUCACUUCGUAG